CUCCAAAGCCGCACUUCAAGAAAAAAAAAAAAAGUACAAAAAAACUCAUACUGAGUGUGCUUAAAUCAAAAUGGCGACGUCAACGUCAUCAAGGAACAAAUCGAACGGUCCAGAUCUUCACACCUUUCGCAGACCACAACUCUCCUCCUCCUUCGCUUCUUCAACCGCUUCAAGUUUCUCCUCUUGCUCCUCCUCCACGUUCUUCGCACGUGCCACUUCUCCCACACGUGUCAGUCUGUAUGGAUACAGCCACUCCAAUCACAACGACCACCGCGUGUCACAUCGAUCCUCUUCGUCGGUUCGGUUUUCUCUCGACAACCGUCCGAUCUCUCCCAACCGGUCGAUCUCAUUCACCAGGCAGACCGUCACAAACAACGGCAAUGCGAAGGCGUUCAACACUCCUAAGAGGACCUGCGCUUGCUCGCCGACGACGCACCCUGGCUCUUUCCGGUGCGCUCUUCAUAAGAGAGCGAACAACUAUCAGAAUCACAAAACGAUGUCCUCUCCGUCAUACCACUCCAGUAGUCGGCUGAACUAUAGGAGAUCAGCGAUGACGAACUCGCUUGUGAGAAUCGGAGGAGUGGAAGGAGAGUUGGUGAAAAGAGCAUUGUCCGCUCUAAUAAGGCCGUCAUCUCACCACCAGCGCCGCCGAGCCGCUUUUCAGCCGAGACCGAGUCGGUUCUACAUCAUGUCAAAAGCCGAAAAUUCAGAAAAUUUAUGAAUGUUUGAGCGGGAUUUGAGUUUUUGCUAAAUGUUUAGUGAACGAGGGAGACGAGUUGACUCAGUGCUAUAGCUGUAAAGCCGAAUCACUUUUGUUUUGUUUUUUUAAUUUUUAAAUCUUAAUUUGAGUUGUUUUAGGUAAUAUUUGUUAGGAAGAGAGCGGUUUUUGGUGUAAAGAGAAGAAAAAUAUUAUAUUAAAUUUUUGGGAAUUAAAAUUGUACAGUGAAAGAAAUUA